AUGAGAGCAAACAAUAUCAUAGUAUAAGAGGAACCUAAGCAAAAUGCCAUAGUUGGGUUUUAUAACACGUUGAAGUCCCUUAUCAAAUGCGAAUGUUUCAAAUAGUAAGCGGGAUUUUAAUUUAAUAGAUUUAUGCCGGUGACCUAUAAUUAAAAGCCAAUAGCAAUUCCAAAACAAUCCCUUUAACAUAUGGGCAGAAAGACAUUGGUGAUCGAUUUGGAUGAAACUUUGGUUCAUAGUUCUUUCAAUUAUAUUUCAGAUCCGGAUUUUAUUUUGAAGAUAAAAGUAAUGAAUGCAAAUUAUACAAUUUAUGUUAGAAUAAGGCCUGGUGCUGAAGAAUUCCUAAUAAAAAUGGCUGAAUUUUAUGAAAUCUUUAUAUUUACAGCUAGUAUUUGUGAAUAUGCAAACCCUGUGAUAGAUAGAAUAGAUCAGAAGGGAGUUUGUGCUUUGAGAUUGUUCAGACCAAACUGUUCAAUAUUGAAUGGAGUCUUUGUGAAAGAUUUAUCGAAAUUGUAGAGAUCAAUAAACAACAUAAUAAUAAUAGAUAAUACCCACACUUCUUUUUCCCUAUAACCUAAGAAUGCUAUACACAUAAAAAACUACUUUGAUGACCCAAGUGACACUGAAUUAUUGGAUUUAAUACCGUUUUUAUAAUUGCUUAGUACAUUUGAUGAUGUGAGACCAGUGGGGGAAUAUUGGAAACAAUACAUCAGAUCAGAGAAGAUCAGAUAUACAAGAAAUGGAGAGUCGUAUGUUUAUGAUAGGAAUCGCAAUGAAUCAUAUGAUGAAGUAGAUCCUAUUAAUUAGACCAUCGAUUAAGCCAAGGAUGAUUAGACGUUGUUGGGAAAGUAGCAAUUGAAAUUGUAGACGAACUUUGCAAUCGAUUACGAUGAGGUGAAUGAUAUCACAGAGAAUGAUGAAGAGAUCUAAUUCAGGAAUGAAUAGGGAAUUAAUUCUCCGAAUUUAAACAAAUAACAUUUUAAUGAAAUGGAUUAGAGUGAUUAAAAUUUAUGA